AAGCGAUUGGAAUGCUGUAAGACACGCGUCCAAUGUGUGGUACAUAUAUACAACAUCUCCUCCACUGUACUUCCAUCAUCGAGUGUAUGGGCAUUAAGAUGGACAAACGAUAUCGCUUUCGCCGGAUCAAAGCUAUCGAACUACUCAACCUACCUCCGGAAUGGGAUAAACGGACGUACUAUCUCAAGAUUUUUGCGGGAGAAGACGGCAAAAAGACGAAUACAUUCAAGGUGAAGAAGAAAGAGCGUGGGACACCUUUGAUACCCAAGUGGAUGAUCGAUCUUGAUCUGAGCCAUACCAAUGAAUCUGAGAGGUUUCAGGUGGAAGUAUACUGCCGCCGGGGCAAGGGAGAGUAUCAAUGCCUCGGCAUGUGUGGAGCAUCGAUCGGGGAUGUUUUAAUUGGUGAAACCGACAUUAUUGUAAUGUCCAUUAAUAGCAAUUCUUCCUGCCCCAACGUCGUUUUGAAGAUCUUCCGAGAAGGUGCCACCGACUAUUCUUCGAUCGCAGGAUCGGCAGGUGAGGACCAAGACAGCGACAUGUCGACCGCAACCCAGAAUGGUUUUCCCGAAAGUCAGGAUACCUCAGAAUUGUCGGGUUCGCAACUCGUGGCAACUUCUGCGACGUCAGUGGAAGAUCAUUGCGCAACUGCAGGAAGAGUCGUCAAGGAAACUGCAAGGCCUGUAGAGCCCUCUGAGUGGAUUUCCAAAUUGAUCGAUGGAAUGGAUACUGUAAAAAGCAUUAUUGAAGCGUUCAAAGAUCUACAUCCUGCUGCCUCGAUUGCAUGUGGCAUCAUUUUUUCUUGUAUCAAUGUCUUGAAAAAACAGACGGAACGAGAUCUAACUGUACUUGAGCUGUACGAAGCUAUGAUCACGACUUACAAGGAGGCGAGGGACGACCGCAUGCUAUGGCAGCAAGAGCGGUUGAGGCCGAUCUAUAUAUCGCUGUUCCAGAUCACGAACGAGUGCGGGAUGUUCAUCAAGAGAUAUACGAACAAAAACAGCUUCAAACGCUUCUUUUCCAUAGACACAUCACAGAAAGCAAAAGAAUUUAUUCAAGGGUUUGCAAAAUUGCGGGAGCAGUUGGAUUCGGGUGUAGCGAAGGACAUGCUUAUCGUGACACUAGGUGUCAGAGUCCGCGUUGAUAAAUUCGAUAUACGAAUGUCGCUUCAGGAACUUAAACCCGGAAAAGAGUUUGGUCCAAAAUCAGUGUGUAUCCCCGGUACACGCGUGGAAACAAUCAAUACCUUGUUCUCAUGGAUCGCAGAAUGCGAUGGCUGCAUUCUUUGGUGUAGCGGUCUGGCGGGGACAGGCAAAAGCUCGGUUGUCGGCACCCUCCGUGACCUUCUCUGCUUUCACAUGAGCAGUCGCAGUCGCCUUGCUGCAUUCAUUCGUUAUGACAGGACUGAAUACUGGGACACGUCGGAACUCAUCACAUCCAUUGCCUACUCUAUGGGCAUGUUCGAUCAACGCAUAGGCAAUGCCAUUGCUAAAGCUUUGACUGCAUCCCGUGCGGCGGUUAAAAUGGCAGCAUCCGAAUCACGCACCCAGUUUCGACUCCUUCUGCAGGAGCCAUUGCAGAAGAUUCAGGAAUUACAAGAUGAAGGGCCUUUGGUUGUCAUCAUUGAUGGUCUUGAUGAAAGUGAUGUUUCAGAAGAGUUGCUGGAAGUGCUUGCGGAUGGGUUUGGACCAAAACUGCCAUUCAUGCGGCUCAUUGUGUCCAGUCGUCCCGAAGAAAAGAUUUCUCGUGUUUUCAAGAACUGCCAGCAUGUCUGUCAUUAUCCUUUGGAUACAUCCUCAGUUGAGGUGCAACAUGACAUACGGUACUUUAUCCAGCAAAGGUUUGGCAGCAUCAAAGACAAACAUUUCUUGGGCAUGUACAAUGAACCCGAUGUUGUCACUCGACUGGCUGAGCGGGCGAGCGGGCUGUUCAUAUGGGCAGCCACAGUCUGUUCAUUCUUGUGCAAUUUCCCCAGUCACCGGAGACUCGAGGCAUUACUCGAAACAACAAUUCCAACAGAUGCAAUUGGGGCUCUGACAACACUAUAUCGAACCGCGCUGAAUACCAUUGUGCCGGAAGUAUCCGGGACAGACGAAGAUGUCCGACGAUGUAUUCAUGCAGUACUAGGGGCCCUAAUUGUUCGCAAAGGAAACAUGACGGUACCUAUGCUUCCUGAGCUUGUUCUGCGAGAAGGAGACCCUCCAGCACAGCUCAUCGUUGACAAAUUAGGAAGUGUGGUGCAGGAGCACAUCAAUUUGUCACACCACUCUCAGAGGACCCUUGAACUUAUACACAAAUCAUUCGAUGAUUUUCUUCAGGAUCAUGGCAGAUGCGGGGAUCGAUGGUUUAUCGAUGUCAAGGAGCAUGAAAAAAAGCUUGCUCGGCGAUGUAUGCUGUCCUUGGCGGAGUUCUCGGAAAAUUGGACACUGGCACCCGGUGCUCAUGCCAUUGAAGAAGAUCAGGUUCAGCCUGUGCAUUCCUCUGGCAACCCCAGCAAUCCAAGGGAGAACGUGGCUCUAUACCAUGUGGUACCAUCUCACAUCAGAGACUAUGCUCUGAAUGUUGUAGAAUGGCAUAUCGAUACCUUGCUUGAGCUUGGGAUGAACACUUACCAUCGCUUCUUUGAGCAUUAUUUCCUGUCCUCGCUCAAAGUCUCUUAUGCAUGCUCAAGCAAUUGGCCUAAGGAUCUCUAUUACGAUUUCGUGCUCUAUCUUAUCUUAUUGGCUCUCUCGUAAUCUCGCUAUGCUAAAACUCCGGACUUGAUCGCAUUCAUCCAUGAGGGUUCAGUACGUUUAACGCACCGUUGCAGACACCUGUAGUAUAUUUAGCACGACCCAAACUGUAUUUAAGUAGCUCGACUGCAGGUCUUACACCUCAGUCUCGAACUAAAGUUUAUUCACCCGAUAACUUAGUCUGAACUC